UUUCCUUAACAUUAACCUAGUUGGGUUCAAACGUUUACUGUAGUUAUUGAAACCUAAUACCUACUUUAAAAAAUAUGUAAUCCAAAAACGUCAAUAUACUGGAAUUUGAAAAAUGGUCUGCGAAGACUGGGUAAAUGACGGCAGAUCCAUCGGUUUGCUGGCUUACUCAACUUUAAUAACAUUAACGUGUGCGACAUCUUUAAUUUUCUUGGUAUUACUCCUCAAGAAACGCAAACGAACGCGGUACGCAAGAAUUAAAACUGAAUCUGAGGAUUUACAACAAUUACAUAGACGAAGCGUAGACAACCAGAAUGAAACUGAUCCAUUUUCAACGGAACCUUCAUCACCUCCACUAACUCCAAAUAACCCUAGAGUGGUGAGUGAAUACGACGCAACUUUAACACGUAUUCCUGAAAUUGAAGAUCAGGCGAUAUUUCACGAAUACGAAAAGAUGAAACCAUCUAAAAGUGAAAACAGUCAAUAUCAUCAUAUUAUACAACAUGUGGUCACUACUUUGUCUGUGGUCUACAGCAGUACUAUGGAUGAAGGAGACGUAUACGAAAAUUUUAUGAAAGAAUUGCUAAAAAAACUGAAAGUUCAGAAUCCGCAUUUGUAUAAAUCCGUACAUGGCGCGACUCAUAUGUAUGAAGAAAUAAAGGAGGAAAAGCAACCGACCGCUAGAAGCUCACAAGUUUCUGCAGAUGACAAUGAUUAUGCUGAGUAUCGUCCUUCUAAAAAUAGAGCGAAACACGUGGCUAGAAAGAAGACUAAAAUUGUUUUCAAAAAUACGAAUGUUCUUGGAUCAACUGACCAUUUAAAAUACCUCAAAGAAAGCGAAUGUGUCGAAAAUGCUGAAGACGAUACAUACUUGGAAGCUAAACGUUUCAGCCCGAAAAUAGAUUGCCCAGAGCCUAUACGAAAAUUAUGUAAUGGACAGGGUGAAAAUAAAAAUCAUAACGAAAUAUCCGGUAAUUCACUUGUCAUGCAGGCUGAGAUAAACGGUGAAGAUAGAACUUCAUCAAGAACUAGUCGAUCGACGUCAACAGAAUAUGGAGUCGUGUUAAGAUCAAAAUCGAGACGCAGCGAAGAGCUUGAUUGCUCAUUGCAAGAGGUAAAACUUUCUAUUUCCCGAGCAGGUUACAUAAACCCUACAGAGUGAAAAACUAGGUCUCGUUUGCAUCUGGGUCGUCUGUUGUUUGUCCGUUUGUCUGUUUGUCUGGGUCAAUUUUUAUUAGACAGAUAAUCUCCGAAACAACUGAACCGAUUGUUGUCAAAUGUUUUAUGUAUGAUAACCAACAUUUUUGUCUAAUGAUCACCACCAACAAUGUGAUGACGUCCAAUAUUUACGAUAGUAAAUCGUAUUCAAAUUUAAUGGAGUAACAUACCCCUGCACUUGUGGUUUGUGAAUCCGUGUUGAGCUUUUACCCUACACAUCCAG